AUGUCGCGCGACGGCGGAGGAAGAGCUUGCGGGCUUCGCCGCUCGGAGCGCUGGCGGCGGCGUCACGCGGCACGAGGCGCUGAUCCCACGUUAAGCCCGUGGUCGGACCACACCUGCGACCCGCAUAAUGUCCGCCCCGCUAAUGGCCGGGCCAGGAAGGAGUUUCCGAGCGAUAGUCACGGGCGCGGCGGAGUCCCGAGCGUAGUUGCGAGCGAGGAGUCGAGUGGACCCUCGGCGAAGGGGAAGUGCGUCGGCGGCGGCGGAGUGUGGCGACGGAGUCCUGCGGCGGAGACCCACGAGGAGUGCUGCGGCGAGAGUUGCGCCAGAGGCGCGCAGCUGAGGGUGUGCCCCCAGGAGCAGACGUGCUGCACGCCCGAGAUGGAGCAGCAGCUGAGCGCCCAGAGCCGGCGCGAGUUCGACAAGGCGGUGCGCGACUCGCUCAACAAGCUGGGCGGCCUGCUGCGCACCCGCGCGCGCAGGUUCGACGGGUUUUUCAAAGACCUGCUGGCGACGUCGAAGAAAGACUUCCACGAGAUGUUCAAGCGCACGUACGGCAUCCUGUACGAGCAGAACUCGUACGUGUUCACCGACCUGUUCGGCCAGCUGGAGCGGUACUUCAGCACUGGCCACGUGGACCUCAGCGAGGCGCUCGAGAACUUCUUCAACACCCUGUACCAGAAGAUGUUCACCGUGCUCAACGCGCAGUACCACUUCGACGACAAGUACCUGGUCUGCGUGGGGGAGCACAUGAAGGACUUGAAUCCGUUCGGGGACGUGCCACACAAACUCUCCAUCCAGCUGAAGCGUUCGUUCGUCGCCACGAGGACGUUCUCACAAGCUCUCAACGUGGCGAACGAUGUCAUCAGCAACAUGAUAAAGAUUCCCCCCAGCCCGGAGUGCGUGCGAGCUCUGACCAAGAUGUCGGGGUGCUCCGCCUGCCAAGGGCUGCCCGACCUGAAGGCGUGCAGCAACUACUGCAUCAACGUCAUGAAGGGCUGCCUCUCGUACUACACCGAGCUGGACACAGAGUGGAACCACUACGUCGAUGCAAUCGAAAAAGUAACGGAAAGACUCUUGGGACCAUUCAAUAUUGAAAUGGUUGUGGAGCCGAUAAACAUCAAGAUAUCUGAAGCUAUCAUGAACUUUCAAGAAAAUGGCCCCGAAGUUACCCAAAGAGUGUUCAGUGGCUGCGGCAAGCCGGUGCUGGGACGGAGGCGGCGCGACACCACGGAGCUCAACUUCGAGCCCCUCGAGUUCGGCAAGCUCGACAGCGGUCCCGGCGACAACGUCAACUCCGACUCGUCGCUGGACAAGCUCGUCAAGGACAUCCGCCAGAAGGUGAAGGACCUCAAGCAGUUCUGGGUGCACCUGCCGUACCACAUCUGCAACAAUGACAACGUCGCGGCCGGCCCAGGGAAGGACGACAGCUGCUGGAACGGAGAAAUGAAAGCCAAGUACGACACCCUCGUCGCCGGGGACGGGCUGGUGAACCAGCGCGGGAACCCGGAAGUGGCAGUGGACGUCAACCGGCCCAGCAGCGUCCUGAACGAGCAGGUGUUCACGCUGCGCGCCAUCACCAGCAAGCUGCAGAGCGCAUACAACGGCCACGACGUUGAGUGGAUCGACUACGAGGAGACAUCGUACGGAUCGGGCAGCGGCUCCGGUGACGGGACGGACGACACGGAGGACGGCGACGCCUUCGAAGGCUCCGGCGCGCACUACGUGCCUCCCCCGGACGCGGGCCCCAAGCCGCACAAGCCCGUCCCCGGAAUCACGGACCCCGAGGCCCCCCGCGACACGUACAACACGACCGCGGGGAGCGGGCGGCCGUCGCUCCACCCCCGGGUCUCCGUGGGCCGGGCGGUCGCGACGUACCUGCUGCCCAUCGUGGUCAUGUGGUUCGGGGGGAUGUUCUCUGACUGGCUGUGAUCCCCCCCGCAGCGCCCUGCGUCGCUCCCUUCCAGCUGCGACCAGAAGAGGUGUUCUCAGUGUUUUAUAAAAGGAAGUUGCAUUGUUAAGACAGGGUAAAAACAAUGUGAAUUUAUGUGUGUAUCCGUAAUAAACGAACAAUAUUUUACAUCUGACGUGCAAGUGGACUGAAGAUACAAGCGAAGAUGAAUUUCCGAGCGUAAUUCAUUUCCAGUCCCACAACCGACGUAAACAAUGCGAGUUUCCGGCUGAAAACUUUUCGGACGGCUGUUAAUUUCACAAGUGCGUCAGAGAGAUGCUGGAAAAUGUCAAAGAGGACUUCGCUUAUCUCCGAAGCAUGCGGCAUAAUUUGUAUUAUCAAUGGACGAUAAUGAACGUCUCUUACAUCUAUCGAGAGCUGAUGUGUGAUCUGAAAAGUUUACACGUAAUAAGUUCUGUGAUAAAUUAUCGGACUUCAAUAUGUUGUCAAUUUUAAGAUGGAACAGCCUUGUUGGGUGCCAUUUAUGCGAAACUUAAAAAAAAAAAGCUGUUGUGUAUGAACUUGAGUAGAAUUUGUCAUGUUAUAGGUAUAAUAAUAAUGAUUGGUCAUUAUGAAAUAAUCUGUAAAAAUAACAUUGUUGGAUUUCUAACAUAGCGAGAUCUGUUGUGUAGUAAAAUGCAUUAUUUUAUAA